GGUGUCCAUCUUUAUGACACAUCUUGUCAAUUAUGGAAAUGACCAACUAGCUCUUUAUUUAUUUAAUACUGCUUUUGAAUUUAUGAGAAAUUGGACAAAUAUCAAACUAAUUACAUCUCCUCCAUUAGAAUUAGCUAAUAUCUACUCUGAACGUUUCAAUUUGCAUGGUGUUAAUGAACUUCCAUUGUAUUCGGAUCCUUGUCGUAAUUCACAUCUUCAUGAAUUAUGGCCAAGUGAUUGGCCUUGUGGUUCAAGUCAUUUGCCAAGUUUUAUUAUAAUCGGACCUCAAAAAACUGGUUCUACAGCUCUAUUACAUUUUCUUUUAUUAAAUCCUGAAUUAAUGUCUAAUCAGUUCCAGCAUGAUUCUACUUUCGAAGAAUUACAAUUCUUCAGUUCUGAUGAUAUUUACUCACGUGGUGUACAUUGGUAUAUGAAUCAGUUUCUAAAUAAUUCAAUUAUUUCUCCGACAAAUGUUCAUAAUUUUAAUAAUAACGAUAAUAGGUCUAAUUAUUUCAAACACUAUUUUGUCGAACAAAUACGAUUUGAGAAAUCAGCGACAUACUUUGAUAAUCCUAAAACUCCACCACGAAUUCAAGCUCUAAUGCCGAAGGUGAAAUUAAUUGUUCUUCUACGUAAUCCAGUAGAACGAGCUUAUUCAUGGUAUCAACAUCGUCUAGCUCAUAAAGAUAUUGCUCCACAGUUAUUGUCUUUUGUUGACCUGAUGCAGUAUGGUCAUAAUCUAACUGAGGCUAUUCUCCUUAGGAUUGUACCUGCCGAUAGAUUUCUUAAUCUAUCUAUCAAUACUAAUAAUUCAAGUUUAAUGCAGCAACUUGUAUUCAGCAUUAACCACUUAUGGUCUCGGUGUAUUGGCCCAGGGAAUUAUGAACAAUAUUUACGUAACUGGUUGACAUAUUUUCCAGCCUCACAGAUAUUACUUUUAGACGCAGAUAGAUUUUCUCAAAACCCAGUGCCUAUUAUGAAGAUUGUACAGCAAUUUAUAUUAGUUCGUAGGCCGUUAGAUUAUUCGCAAUACUUACACUUCAACCGUAAAAAAGGCUUCUUUUGUGUAGCUACCAAAAACGCAUUUAAUUGGAAUAAUGGUUGUUUGGGUCGAAGUAAAGGAAGAGCUUAUGAACAAUUAGAUCGUAAUAUUUUAUCGCCAAAAUUAAUGGAAUUAUAUUUCGCCAAAGCUAAUCAUAAACUGUACGAAUUAUUACAAGAAUAUCCUCUAUGGUAUAGUACACUGACACUAAAUAAACACAAACUUCCAUCAUGGAUAAAAAUUAAAAAUUAGCUUAUUAUUUUCCAAUGUUUCUUGAUCAGGUGUGCUUGUACAAAAUAUUACCAGUUUUGCAUUUCUCGACUAAUCAGCUGUUCUUCAGAAAAGUUUUUUUCUCUCUUACAU